AGGAUCCAAAGCAAGAUUUAAAAGGAAGUCUUUGCGUCUUCUACCAGCUCCCUAUCAUCAUACAGGCAGGGGAAGAAGCCGUGAGAAAAACUUCUUUCCGCUGUCCUGCGCGUUUCUGCAGCCUCGUUCCAGGCCGAGGGUUCCAUCUAAUGGAGAGACAAGAAGAUUAAUUAAUCAUCAAAAGAUGAUGGCUAAUGGCGUGUUUGCCAACCUAAAGUAAAGCCAGAUCCAUCCCACCCAUGCUCGACAGAGCCACUUGGUGAGUAGAUGCAAUACCAGGGUUGCACUGAUGGUGGAGAUAACCAAUUUUACAUCUACUUUACAAGGAACAGAAGAUUGAGUGCUGAGGAUUAAUCUUUUGUGAACAGGACCCUUUACUGGAAGAGAUGAUGGUGGGCCUGGGCUCCCUGUUGUUGGUCUGCAUGCUGGGUCUGGGUCUGACCCCACCAGCCCUGGCUCAGGAUGACCCUAGGUACAGAAGCUUCCUGACCAAGCACUAUGAUGCCAAACCAUGGGGCCGGAAUGACAAAUACUGUGAAAUCAUGAUGAAGAGAAGAGGCCUGACCACACCCUGCAAAGACACCAACACCUUUAUUCAUGACAACAAGAACAACAUCAAGGCCAUCUGUGGAAAUAAUGGAGAACCUUACGGAGAAGGUUUAAGACUAAGCAAGUCUCUUUUCCAGGUCACCACCUGCAGGCAUAGGGGAGGGUCCCCUCGGCCUCCGUGCCAGUAUAGAGCUACCGCAGGGUUCAGACACAUUGUUGUUCUCUGUGAACAUGGCUUACCUGUUCACUUUGAUGAGUCCUUUUUCAGUCCGUAAUCAGAGGCCACAGUUGGCUCUGCUGUCUUUUCCUUGCAUUUCUCUCCACAUCCCAGAAUGGUGGUGGCAACAUUCAUGGUCAGGGGCCCAGAGAAUGAGCUGCCUGGAUCUCUUGUUUUCCAUUUUACAACAUGUUCAAUAAAUAAAAAUGUCUCUGAAAUCAGUAAG